UAAGAUUGGCUGCCCGUAAAUCACCAAGUUGCACACACUUCCGAGCAGAAAACGAGUUUAGAAUAUCAGUGUUUGUCAACCUUGUGACCUUGCAGCGAAAAAAUGGGAUAGAAGAAGAUGGCAUUUGGGCGAUUAUCAGCUUGGAGGUUUGAAUUUGUAGUGGGUAGCGCGGGCGAACUACAAAGAAUGAAGGCGUUCCGGCUGGGUCUGGUCCUGGCCGUUUUAUGUGCCGUGGCACAUGCCAACGAUGAUGAAACGAUUCUCUGUCCAGAAGGAGAAUGCGUUAAGCUGCAUCUUUGCUUGGAUGGUGAAAUAAACGACGAUGGAACCAACCUGAUCGAUAUUCGGUUCAACCCGGACGAUCCGUGCGAGCAUUACCUCUUAAAGUGCUGCAAGGUUCCAAAGGACGAAAACGAAGGCCAUGGCAAUGGCGACAGCAGUACCGACAUAGUUAUCCCGCCACCUUCGGGCACAGGCAACGUGAUCAACGGUGGAGGUCCUACCUCUGGAAACCUGGUGAAUGGAGAUGGACAGCAUGCGCAGGAGCCGAAGCUUCCCGGUGGUGAUGACUCCCACGGCAGUGGAAGUAACGCGGGAUCACAAGGACCGAACGGUGGUUCGGGAGGUUCGGGAAGUCACGGAACCGGAGGUAAUGGACAUGGGCAUGGUGGUGGUGGUGGAUACGGUGGUGGAGACAAGGGACACGGCAGUGGAGCUAAUCAGGGUGGAAAAGAUCCUCAAGGUACGGGCACUGGAGGUCAGGGAACUGAUGGUGGUUCGAACCAAGGUACUGGUGGAAGCAAGGUUCCUUCGGGUACCGAAACUGGUCAGGGAUCGAACGUCGGAGGUCAAGGAGGCACUGGAUCUCUGGGUGGACAGGGUGGCAACACUGCUCCCGGAGCUGGAUCGAAUGUAGGCGGACAAGGCGGUACCGGUGCUCAGGGUGGCAACACUGCUCCCGGUGCAGGAUCGAAUGCAGGAGGAUCUGGACCGGACCAAGGAUCGGGAGGAAGCAAGGUUCCUUCUGGAGCUAACCCAGGACAAGGUGUUAGCGGGCAGGGUACCGAAUCGAGCGCGAAUGCAGGUGCGGGAACCAGCCAGGGAGGUCCCCAAGGUACCGGAACAAACCAAGGAGAUGGAGGUCAGGGAGGUCCUGGAUAUCCGGGAUCUAGUGUAGGAACCGGUGGUAGCAAAAUUCCUCCAGGUAGUGGUGCUGGAACCAAUCAAGGACCAGGUGUUGGAGGUUCGGGAAGUACCGGGGCUAAUGGCGAUGGUAACAAAGGCCCUGGCUCAGCUGGUGGAAAUCAGGGACAUGGUACUGACGGUCAGGGAAGCAACACUGGAACGGGAGGUUCUGGCUCUCAUGGUCCAAAUGCUGGACCAAAUCAGGGUCAAGGAGGUCAGGGAGGUUACGGCAAUCAAGGAACCGGCAACCAAGGAGGUUCCGGCUCUCAGCCGGGUUCUGGUGGAUCUUACGGUGGUGGUGCUAAGGUUCCUGGAGGAGUUGGUACAACGGGAUCAACUGGUGCCACAACUGAGUCGAAUUUCGCAACAGAGCUUGUCGAUGCUACUGUUUCGCAAGGGGGAACUAAACAAGAAAAGGAUCAAAUGAAAGAAGAGCCGCACAAGCAUCACAAGGGUGAUGGAUGUGGUCACGAGAAACAUUACGAUCAAAAGCAUUCCCAAAAUAAUAAAACUAAUCCAAUUGGCGGUCAUGGUAAGGACACUACUCCCAGUCCUGCACCGGAAAAGUCCGGCUGUGGUCACCGUAACGCCGACGGUGUUGGAUUCCGCAUCACCGGUAACAGCGACGGUGAGUCCGAGUACGGUGAGUUCCCUUGGAUGGUGGCAAUUCUGAAGGAGGAGAAGGCGCUGGACCAGGUCAUCAACGUGUAUCAGUGCGGCGGUUCGCUGAUCCAUCCCCAGGUGGUGCUGACCGCGGCGCAUUGCGUCCAAAACAAGAAAGCCCCGGAGAUUAAGAUUCGACUUGGUGAGUGGGACACGCAAACCACCAACGAAAUUUACGACCAUCAGGAUCGCAACGUCGUCGAGAUCGUCUACCACAAGCAGUUCAACAAGGGCAGCCUGUACAACGAUGUGGCCCUGCUCUUUCUGGACAAACCAGCCGAACUGAUCGACACCAUCAACACGGUCUGCCUUCCGCCCCAGAACUACAACUUUGACCUUAACCGUUGCUUCGCGUCCGGCUGGGGUAAGGACGUAUUUGGCAAAGAUGGCAAGUACCAGGUCAUCCUGAAGAAGAUCGAACUGCCCGUCAUGCCGUUCAACGACUGCCAAUCGGCGCUGCGGACCACCAGGCUGGGCAAGCGAUUCAACUUGAACAAGAGCUUCAUGUGUGCUGGCGGUGAGGCUGGUAAGGACACCUGCAAGGGUGACGGUGGAUCGCCGCUGGUUUGCCCCAUCCCCGGAACGGUGAACCGCUUCUAUCAGGCUGGAAUCGUCGCGUGGGGUAUUGGUUGUGGUGAAACGGGCAUUCCCGGAGUGUACGCCAGUGUGGCGCAGUUCCGCGAUUGGAUCGAUGAGCAUUUGACUCAGCGAAGCAUUUCGCAUGAUUACUACAUUUAUGUGUAAGACUGGCGUUUUUUCCGCAGGAAUUAAGGAGAAAUAAAGAAGAUGCGAUGCAAUACA